CCUCCGAGUAAAGCUCAGCCACUUCCUCCUCCUCUCUCUCUCUCUCUCUGUCCGUCAACCUAGGGUUUCCAUCUCCAAUCCGAAUCCGAGAAACCAUGUCCAGCGCCCUCGACAUGUCUCUUGACGACAUCAUCAAGAGCAACAAGAAGUCCGGAUCCGGCAACCCCAGGGGCCGCGGCCGCGGCGCCGGCGCCGGCUCCGGCUCCGGGCCCGGCCCCACCCGCCCCCCGAACCGCGCCGCCGCCCGCCCCAACCCUUACGCCGCCGCGAAGGCGCCGGAGACGACGUGGCAGCACGAUAUGUUCGCCGAUCAGGGCCUAGCGUUCCAGGGGCAAGCCGGUCGAGCCUCCGCCAUAGAGACCGGGACGAAGCUCUAUAUAUCGAACCUGGAUUAUGGCGUCUCGAACGAAGAUGUCAAGGAACUAUUUUCUGAGGUCGGUGACCUGAAACGUCAUACGAUACAUUACGAUAGGAGUGGAAGAUCCAAGGGUACGGCAGAAGUGGUCUUUUCACGCCGUACGGAUGCCUUGGCAGCUGUUAAGAGAUACAACAAUGUUCAGCUUGAUGGGAAGCCAAUGAAAAUAGAGAUUGUAGGAACAAACAUCGCAACUCCUGCUGCUACUCCUGUCGUUUCAAAUGGUUCUUUUGGAAACCUGAAUGGAUUUCCAAGAGGUGGACAAGCUAGGGGAGGUGCUAUUGGACGACCACGUGGUGGCGCCAGCGGUGGUGGCCGUAGACCUGCUGCAAGGGGUCGUGGACGGGGAAGAGGUCGUGGCGAGAAAGUAUCAGCUGAAGAUCUUGACGCCGAUUUAGAGAAGUACCAUUCGGAAGCGAUGGAGACAAAUUGAGCGCCGUUCUACUUAUCCGGUGUCUUUUCUGUUCUCAGUGAUAUGUCUGUGAUGAUGCGACCACUUUGCCUAUUAAGUGUGUCUAGAGGAGGAUAAAGUGAAUUCUUGAACCUUGGUUUAUGGAGUUUGGGAUUUUAUUCUGUGACUUGGAGACAUAAGUUAUGAGGGUUAAUGGACAGCUUCAGUAUGUAAUCUGCAAUUAUUCCUUUUGGUUC